AUGCACAUUGUUAGCAAGAAGGCACUGCGCGAAUUCUGGAGAAAAUAUUCUGACAGCCAAAUGCCGCUUAGGCGUUGGUUCAAACUCAUUUCUAAAAGUUCAUUCGGAAGUUUUACUGAAUUACGCGCGGUGUUUCCAAACGCGGAUAUUGUGGAUGAUCUGAUUGUGUUUAAUAUCGGUGGUAACAAAUAUCGACUGGUUGCCUCUAUCCAUUUCAAUCGCGGCAAGGUUUAUGUUCGCCGUGUGUUGACGCAUGAAGAGUAUGACAAAGGAGGAUGGAAAACAUGA